GUUGUACAGCUUCCUGCCACCUUAAACCUGCCUGGCUAUGUUGGCUGCCUGGAGCUGGCCACUUUGAACAAUGACGUGAUCAGCUUGUACAACUUUAAGCAUAUCUAUAAUAUGGAUCCCUCCAAGUCAGUGCCCUGUGCCAGAGACAAACUGGCCUUCACUCAGAGCCGUGCAGCCAGUUACUUCUUUGAUGGCUCUAGCUAUGCCGUGGUGAGGGACAUCACGCGGAGAGGGAAGUUUGGCCAGGUGACGCGCUUUGACAUAGAAGUCCGAACCCCAGCUGACAAUGGCCUUGUGCUCCUGAUGGUCAAUGGAAGCAUGUUUUUCAGCCUGGAAAUGCGCAGUGGUUACCUGCAUGUGCUCUAUGACUUUGGAUUCAGCAAUGGCCCUGUGCAUCUUGAAGACACAAUGAAGAAAGCCCAAAUUAAUGAUGCAAAAUAUCAUGAGAUCUCAAUCAUUUACCACAAUGACAAGAAAAUGAUUUUGGUAGUUGACAGAAGACAUGUCAAGAGCAUGGAUAAUGAAAAGAUGAAAAUACCUUUUACAGAUAUCUAUAUUGGAGGAGCACCCCCAGAAAUCUUGCAAUCCAGGACUCUUAGAGGAUACCUUCCCUUAGAUAUCAACUUCAGAGGGUGUAUGAAGGGUUUCCAGUUCCAAAAGAAAGAUUUCAAUUUACUAGAGCAGAAAGAAACCUUAGGAGUUGGCUAUGGGUGCCCAGAAGACUCUCUUAUAUCUCGUAGAGCAUAUUUCAAUGGACAGAGUUUCAUUGCUUCAACCCAGAAAAUAUCUUUCUUUGAUGGCUUCGAAGGAGGCUUUAAUUUCCGAACAUUACAGCCAAACGGGUUACUAUUUUAUUAUGCUUCAGGGUCGGACGCAUUUUGCAUCUCCCUGGACAACGGUACCGUAGUCAUGGACAUAAAGGGAGUCAAGGUUCAGUCGUCAGAUAAGCAGUACAACGACGGGCUGUCCCACUGCAUCAUCACCUCUGUCUCGCCUACCAGAUAUGAACUGGUGGUAGACAAAAGCAGACUUGGAAGUAAGAAUCCUACCAAAGGGAAAGCAGAACAGAAUCAAGCAGGUGAAAAGAAGUUUUACUUCGGUGGCUCACCCAUCAGUCCCCAGUAUGCCAAUUUCACUGGCUGUAUAAGUAACGCCUACUUUACCAGGCUGGACAGAGAUGUGGAGGUGGAGGACUUCCAGCGGUAUGCUGAGAAGGUCCACGCUUCUCUUUAUGAGUGUCCCAUUGAGUCUUCACCAUUGUUUCUCCUUCACAAAAAAGGAAAAAAUUCUUCAAGUCCCAAACCAAAUCAGAGUAAAAAGGGAGGGAAAAGUAAAGAUGCACCUUCAUGGGACCCGGUUGGCCUGAAAUUCCUGGAGCGGAAAGCUCCGCGAGAAUCUCCCUGCCACCUCUCCAACAGCCCAAGAGCAAUAGAGCAUGCGUACCAGUACGGAGGGACAGCCAGCAGCCGGCAGGAGUUCGAAUACUUGAAAGAAGAUUUUGGUGAAAAAUCUCAGUUUUCCAUCCGUCUGAAAACUCGAUCCUCCCAUGGGAUGAUUUUCUAUGUCUCGGAUCAAGAAGAGAACAACUUCAUGACCCUAUUCUUGGCUAAUGGCCGCUUGGUUUUCAUGUUUAAUGUUGGCCAAGAGAAACUGAAGAUUAGAAGUCAAGAGAGGUACAAUGAUGGACUGUGGCAUGAUGUGAUAUUUGUUCGGGAAAAGAGCAGUGGCCGACUAAUCAUUGAUGGUCUUCGAGUGCUAGAAGAAAGUCUUCCUCCUACUAGAAAAGCCUGGAAAAUUAAGGGUCCCAUUUAUUUGGGAGGAGUGGCUCCUAGAAGGGCUAUGAAAAAUGUCCAGAUUAACUCCGUCUACAGUUUCAGCAGCUGUCUCAGCCAUCUCCAGCUCAACGGGACCACUAUCACCUCUGCUUCUCAGACAUUUAGCGUGACACCUUGUUUUGAAGGUCCAAUGGAAACAGGAACUUACUUUUCAGCAGAAGGAGGAUAUGUGGUUCUAGGUAACAUGACUGUGGUGGUUUAAAUAUGGUUUGUCCCCACCUAAACACAUGUUAAUGUCCGUGCCCACUUGCCCUUCUACUUUCACCAUGCUUCUAGCUUUCAGAGCUGAGACAAAUAAAUCUCUCUUUUUUUUAAUAAAUCACUUAGUCUUACAUAUUCUGUUAUAGUAACAGAAAAGACUAAGACACUGGCUUAUGUUGAAAAUAUGAAUCAUGCCAUACUUUUCCCCCUAACAGGAAAUAUUAAGCCCAGAAUGAAAACUUAAUAGUAUCAAACUCAGCCCAGGACGAUCACCUCUUUCCACAGGGACAAUCUUUCUCCCCAUCUACUACUCCAAGCCAAAUAUGCAGUCUCCAUCCCUGUUUGUUCUCCCUGACAGAACUUCUCUAUAGCUGCCAAACUUCAGGAUGCAGGCCACGUUGGCUCCGUUAGGACCUUCCUGCACUCUUCUGUGGCCUGAUAUAUGGCAGCUGAUGGUCACCUUGCUCCUCUAAGUAAUCUCGUGCUCCUUCUUAGCAUGAACCAUCCUCUCCACUAAAGAAAGUUCCAUUUCCUUCCCACACCUUGCAAUACUAGCACACAACACUAUCCUUCAGGGAUCUUAUUUCUGGAUUUUUGUGCUCCUCAACCAUUACUCUUUAUUCCACAGUUUUUACUGUAUGCUUCUUGUACGAUAGUUCUUACACCAGAUGGAGGAAUAGGUCUAAGAAUAAACAAAAUCCUAGCAGCCUGCACACACUCAUUGUCCAGUUCAUCCCAACAAACAUUCUGCAGAACAAUCAUAAGGUGUGAAGAUGGUAGCAGAGUAAGUGUUAGGAAUGAGGACAGGGAAAGUAUAUAAAAGCACAUAUUGCCUGAAUGCAAGGCAGUUAAGUACUUUGUAGAACCCUGGAUGAAGAAAUUACAGUUUAUACAAAUUUAUACAAACCAAGUAUACUUUCUUGAACAACUGUGCUUGUUCAAAACAAUGAGCAGAAGAAAUUUUUCUUUGUCUAGAUCAUUUUACUUUCUUUCCCUGCCCCACCUCACUUCCCUUAGCAUUUCACUAAAUUACUGUGAUAAGAGCUCCAACAGUUUGGACAGAUUGAAAUGUAGAAUGAACUGUAUGAAUGUUAUAUUCCAUAAAUACUAACCAAUAGCAGUAAAAUUUUCAAAUGAUUUAUAAAGAGAUAGGUCAAGUGGACGCUAUUAAGAUGCGCAGGCUUACAAUGAGCCUUUUGGAGUGAACACAGCUGUUCCUAAUAAGAAUUAUCUUGGAUCACCAUGAUAACAGCUCCUAAGUACUUUGACUGCUCUCACUUUCUCCUCUGAAAUGCUUGCAGCAGUAGCACUGGUAAGAUGUUGGUUGAAGAGGACCCAUAAGGAAGCUCCCCUGCCGCCAUCCCAAGCUCCUAGGGCAGAGAAGGUGAGCUGCGUGGGUACCAGAAGCACACUCACCCCCUCCCCACUGUGGAAAUGAGAAGACAUGUAAACAAGCCUCAAAAACAGACUUCUGGAUC